AUGGCUUCCUCUUCAUUACGGACGCUGCUUCCGCGGUCGACCAGAGGACUCGCCAGCGCCGGCCAGAAGAGUGCACGAUGCGCCGUCGGUCAAGCACAAAAACGACAAUAUAGCACGCCUCUACGAGCGCCAGAUGCUAGCGAUCCCAGGCUCAGCGCCAUCGACGUCUCCCAAUUGUCCAUCACCAAGACCGCCUCACCGAAGCCAAUCACGCCCAAUGAGGAGCUCGUCUUCGGCCGCGCCUUCACAGACCACAUGAUGUCGCUCGAGUGGACAGCGACAGAUGGAUGGCUGCCACCGAGGAUAACACCCUACCAGAAUCUCUCUCUUGACCCGGCGACUUGCGUACUACACUACGCCUUCGAGGCAUUCGAGGGUAUGAAGGCAUACAAAGACAAAGAAGGCAACGUGCGAUUAUUUCGACCCGACAAGAACAUGGCGCGCAUGAACAAGAGCGUCUCCCGGAUAGCUCUGCCGACGUUCGAUGGCGAGGCUGUGAUAGAUCUGAUCAAGAGGUUCGCCAAGAUGGAGGAGAGGUUCAUCCCAUCGAAGCGUGGCUUUAGCUUGUACCUCCGGCCGAACAUGAUUGGGACACAGCGUACACUCGGCGUUGGACCGCCAGGCAGUGCGAUGUUGUAUGUCAUUGCUUCGCCGGUGGGACCAUACUACCCAACAGGCUUCAAGGCUGUCUCGCUCGAAGCUACGGACUAUGCUGUACGUGCCUGGCCAGGCGGCGUUGGUGCUAGCAAGCUUGGCGCCAACUACGCUCCGUGCAUUGUGCCGCAGAUGCAAGCUGCUUCGCGAGGAUUCCACCAGAAUCUAUGGCUCUUCAAGGAGCUGGAUCCAGCUACUGGCAUCGAGGAGGACUAUGUCACUGAGGUCGGAACAAUGAACCUGUUCGCUGCGAUUGUGAACACGGAGGGUCAGAAAGAGCUGAUGACUGCGCCACUUGAUGGAACGAUCCUGGAAGGUGUAGUGCGCGACUCAGUACUCGCACUGGCAAGAGAAAGGUUAGCACCACAAGGCUGGAAGGUCUCGGAGCGAAGGUUCGCGAUGCGCGAACUUGUUGAUGCCGCAAAUGAGGGCCGCAUGAUUGAGGUCUUUGGCUCUGGUACUGCCGCGACCGUGUCGCCUGUACGAGCCAUCUCGUACAAGGGCAAACUCGUGGAUUGCGGCAUCCCAGAAGGCGAGGAGGUAGGUCCAGUGUGCUUGCAGAUGAAGGACUGGAUAGAAGGCAUACAGUACGGAGAGGAGGAGCACCCUUGGAGUGUAAAGUGCUAG